CGGAAAUUACACAGAAAACUACAACUCCCACCAGCGCUAGAGGUCAAGCGGAAGUGCAAUGUCACCAUAAAUUGAUUUCCGCUUUGGUCAACAUUCCUUUCCUGUCUGCGGCCUUCGGCAAGAUGGCGGUGCAAAUUUCUAAGAAGAGAAAGUUUGUCUCAGACGGUAUCUUCAAAGCCGAGCUGAAUGAGUUCCUGACCCGAGAGCUUGCCGAGGAUGGGUACUCCGGUGUGGAGGUCCGGGUCACUCCAACAAGGACAGAGAUCAUCAUUCUUGCCACCAGGACCCAGAAUGUCCUGGGAGAGAAAGGCCGUCGCAUUAGGGAACUGACGGCUGUUGUUCAGAAGAGGUUUGGGUUCCCAGAGGGCAGCGUGGAGCUCUAUGCUGAGAAGGUGGCCACCAGGGGUUUGUGUGCCAUCGCUCAGGCUGAAUCUCUGCGCUACAAGCUGCUCGGAGGUCUGGCUGUCCGCAGGGCCUGCUAUGGUGUUCUCCGCUUCAUCAUGGAGAGUGGCGCCAAGGGCUGCGAGGUGGUCGUGUCCGGCAAGCUCAGGGGUCAGAGGGCCAAGUCCAUGAAGUUCGUGGACGGUCUGAUGAUCCACAGCGGAGACCCCGUCAACUAUUACGUGGACACCGCUGUCCGCCACGUCCUGCUCCGCCAAGGUGUGCUCGGUAUCAAGGUUAAGAUCAUGCUUCCCUGGGACCCCAGCGGCAAGAUCGGCCCCAAGAAGCCUCUGCCUGACCACGUCAGCAUCGUGGAGCCCAAAGAGGAGAUCCUCCCCACCACCCCUGUGUCUGAACAGAAGGGGGCCAAGCCUGAAGUCCCAGUCAUGCCCCAGGGAGCUCCUGUACCCACAGCAUAAAGGGUGUUCACCAUUGGAUGAUGAGGUUUUCUGUACAAAAAUAAAAGGAUAAAUACA